UCUUGACACACUUUUCGUGUCCUUAUACCUCUGUGCGCGUUCUGUGUUCUUGUGGACGGUUACUACGUGUGGUCGUCGCUGUAUGGUGGCUGGAAGCUGGUCUCUGGAGCACUUUGUAGUCCGCUCGCAGGCGCUCAAUCUUUACCGCGCCGUCCUUCGUACAGCUCGCGCUGCUCCGCACGCGCAGAAAGACAUCAUUGCAUCGGCAAGAUCGGCCUUUGCUGCAAACGCGCAUACUCCUGUUGACAACAUUGAAGCUCGGAGGGCUCUUAUUGCCGGCGGAUACGCUCAGCUUCGCACACUCCGCAAAUCGCUCAACCUCGCCGGACUCCAGGCGCCGCACUAGCUCGAUCUGCUUGCCCUCGACACGAAGAUGAACAGCGGCACAAUGGAUGGUCCGCAGGCGGAGGUUAAUGCUGCUGUGGCGCGACUUGCCGCCAUGGCAGAGAGCGCUAGGGGUGCCCGAACCGGCGUGGCGGCUCUGGUCAGCCUCGCGCCGUCGAUCUUUGUCCUCGGCCCGGCCGGAACCGGCAAGACAACGCUAGCAGGCCGGCUCACAGCAGCCUGGACAGAGGCGUGUCCCAAAGCGGCGUGCGGGUGCAGCGCUGAGCAGCGGGUUGUUCAGGUCUCCGGUCAAGAUCUGGUGCUGGAGGCACUGGUCAAGCGGGCCGAUGCCGGAGUUGUGGAGAAGGCUGUAGCCUCUCCCGAGUGCGUUGGCAAGGCCGAGUGCAGGGCGGGCGAGCCGUGGCUCGCUGGUGCCUUUGCCCGAGUUGUCAUCAUCGACGACGCCCACGAGCUUGUGGUCGACACGCCAUACACAAACAGGCUGGCGGGUGCACUACUCGACGCGGUGGCCGACGCGGCGACGUCGCGAACGCUUUUGGUUGUCAUCGGAGCCAGCGACGUGCCACGAUGGGCACUGCUGGUCGACCGCUGUGCCGCAAGCGUCGGCCAGCAAGUGCGGAUGCAGGCGCCGACAAUGGCCGCACGCAAGACGCAGCUCGCGGCGUGGCUAAGCAAGACGGGCAGCAGCAACAGCAGCGUCGACGUCGAGUGUCUGGCUAGCCUCACCCAUGCCGGCACGGCGCGCGACGUUGUGGCCGGAUUGCUGAUGAGCGAGCUCGCGGGAGCGCCGCCGGCCGACGCGCUGCGGUAUGCUAUGGCCCACGGCGGUGGGCAGGCAAGUGGCGGGCCACCGCCGCCGCCAGCUGCCACUGAUGGCACUGAGCAGGUCUGGGUUGGGUAUCCAGAAGUUCGCGAGCGGCUCAAGUCGCUGGUGGCACUCAAGGUGAGUGCCCCUAGCCUUGCAGCGGCAUACGGUCUAAGCGGCGCGUCCGGCAUACUCCUCCACGGGCCCCCGGGAGUGGGCAAGACGCUGCUGGGAACGAGCCUCGCCGAGACGCUUGGUGGUGGUCAGCUGCGGUCGAUGCAAGUCUCGCUCCCAGACGUGCUCUCGCCGUACGUAGGUGAGACUGAAGCUAACAUCCGGGCGGUGUUUGAGGCCGCGCGCGCCGCUGCGCCAUGCCUGGUGUUCUUUGACGAGCUGGACGCGUUUGGGGCGGCUCGGCGGGCCGAGCCUGGAGGCACCUCAGACGCCAUUGAGGAGCGGCUGCUGACCCAGCUUCUGACCGAGCUGGAUGGAGUGUCGGCACGUGGGGCAGUACUGGUGGUCGGCGCAACCUCACGUCCAGAUCUGGUGGACAAGGCACUGCUGCGACCUGGCCGCUUCGAUGCUCUGGUCCACAUUCCGCUCCCGGAUGCAACGUCGCGAGCUGCCAUUCUGAGCCACUUUACCCAUGCUGCCACAGCGGCCAACGACGAUCUGGUGCUGGCAACUGAGGGCUACUCUGGCGCCGACCUGCGAGCGCUGGUCUCGGCCUGCGAGCGCACCGGGCGCGACGCACUUGAUCUGGUGGCCUCUGGAGACGUUUGCGGUAUCAGCGAGUGAGCGCUACGGCCGAAGCUCGGCCUGAACAGAGUCCCGCACACUGGUCAGAGUGUGCGGGGGCGACUUGCCUACCAGCGACGGCUGCGACGCCGCAUCGAUGGAGAUGGCCGAGUCGGAAUCGUCCGACUCAUGACGGUUCUGUUGGACGACGACAGGCGUCGACGAUGACGAUGAGCACGAGUGCUGCGCGGCCUGGUGGAUGAUGAGCGGCGUCGACGAAGACGACGACGAUAAAGACGAGCUAGAGUGCUCGUCAGCGCCACCUGUAUCCGGAACAGCAUGCGCGACGGCCGACGCCGGGCGCGAGAUCAGCUCCUCGCGUGGCGAAACAAUGUCCGACGACGAAGACGACGAGAACGAGAACGAUGGCAGCUCGCUCGCCCGCCUCGGUCGCUUCUCCGCCGGUUGGCAGCGAGAGAGCGAUGCCGCCGACGAGCUCCGCCCACUGGCUAGCAAAAUGUUACGCCGGGCGACCAUGCCAGACGGGAAGGCUUUUUGGAUGGUAGACCGCAUCGGGUUGGUGAGCUGUGGGGUCGAGCACGACGAGACGUUGUCACUGGUGUCGGACGCUGUCGCCCCAUGCAUCGGGUGCCUUGGGCAGGUAAACGAUGACCGCAACGAC